GGACUUGAAUGACGCCAGGGUAUCCAGACCAUCUCCGCGAUUUCAUACAUGUACCCAUCACAUUGGACAAUGCAUAUUAGGUACUGACUGAACCAGGACCCGGACAAUCGGGUGGUGAAGAUGCGGAAGCAGAGCUCGCCUCCGCGACGUUCACGCGGGGAAGAUUCCACUUUUCUCCUCCCCACAACGCCGUGGUCGAGUCAUGCACGUACCUAAAAGAGGAAGAAACCCCAGAUGUGUGAAUUCAUAAGUUCAAGUUCGUCGCGGAGCCAGGUCGGCAUUCCCGACUUACUCCUUUGUCCAACACCUUGCACCAAACAGAAUGCAAGACCAACAGGCCAGCCCGUCGGUAUCCCCUCCGCCUCUAGGGAGGUCGCGGAGGACCCGGACGCGACCACGAACUCGUACGACUGUUGCAUGCGAUGCUUGCAGGGCGCGGAGAACGAGAUGUGACAGCCAGAGGCCUGAGUGUGGUUACUGUCGCACUCGCGGACUCAAGUGCCACUACGAGCAGAGCCUACCCGCCCCUACGUCCAAAGUGGAGGUGGAACUCGCUGCAAUUCACCAACGGCUCGACUACAUCUCCGCGAUGCUGCCGUGCCCUGGGCAGACUUCCUUCAUCCCAGAUGGUGUGGUGGCGGUGGGCCACGAUCAAGAAAACCAUCAUGUCUUCACAGGCGAGGAGAAACUACCCUUUCAGCUGCUCGGGACCGAGUGCAUGAUGACCAUUCUCGGUCUCGGCCCUGGGUUUGCCAAGGAGAUUGCCAUGCUCGAGAGGAACGCAUCGCCCGUAGGCAUAGGGAACUCGUCGAGGCUGCGUCUCAUUCAGCAACCACAAGCCCUCGCUGCGCUUGCUGCCUUUUCCCAGCUUGUCCACAUUUGGUACCCCAUACUCCGACCCGGGUUCUCGGAGCGCUACCUGGACAUCAUCUCGGGGCCUCUGACGCCAGGGCCCGAGUCUUGCAUGGUCCUGUUGGUCGCCGCCAUUGGCACCCUCGCCCUGCAAGAUCAUGAGCUGGGCGACGCGUCUUCUGGCAACAGCAGCGAGCUCUACCUAGAGGCUGCCAUGGCCUCCUUGCCCGCUGUCGUCACUGACAGAAGUGUCGAGGGCGUCCAGUGCCUUGUGCUUCUGAGUAUUUACCACUGCUGUCUUUCCAAGCCUUGCCAGGCACACGAGUACGCCGCCAUGGCCUCGUUCAAAGUGCAGAAUAUCUUGAAACACGUGGGGAUCAGCGAUGGCGAGCUCUACGAACACGUGAAGCGCGCCUACUGGGCAGUCCUACUCCUUGAGAGCGAACUUCGCGUGCAGUUCGACGUAGUAGAUAGCGGUAUCUGGAAACACGACGACCAGGUCGCCUUGCCCAACAGCCGCCGUGCAUGGCAGUUUGAUGUCGACGCAGGGUCGCCGCAGGCUUCCACCACCUCGCCAGACAGCACGCUCUCCGCGGACGGCCCUCGGACGGAUCGUACCCAGUCGUAUUUCCUCGCCGAGAUCGCCAUGAGGCGGAUGCUGCACCGCUGCAACACCGCCAUCCGCAGGACCCCUCGGGGUGACAUUGUCUACGCGCCACACAUUGCAUUGGAGCUCGAGCUACAGCUCGAUGAGUGGUAUGGCUAUCUGCCAGAGCCUGUGCGCUUCCAGCACCUCGACGCAGAUAUGAGCGAUUCCGCUCUUGGCCACUUGUCCGUAGAACCUCUGGGCAACUUUCUCCGUGUGCAGUACUACUGCUGCAAGUUGUCGAUAUACUGGCCGGCAGUGUAUCAAAGCAUCCAAGAUGGCACAGCCACGCCCGAGGUGCUCAAGCAUUGCGAAGGGUUCUUUGACGCAUAUAUCCAACUGAUGCCGAGUAUAGUGAUAUGCAUUCGCAACUGCAUCGUCAACCGGUGGACGCUGUAUGCUACAAUCUUUAUGACGUCCAUGGCGGUGCUGCAAGCAUCGCAGCAUCAUUUUCUCAGAGCCGGCUGCGCGGUGGACUGGUCCCGUCUUAUGGUGUGCUUACAGUCCACAAGCACCGUGGACAGACGCGUCGUGGAGGCUAGCCCAUCCCUUUCGCUUCUGGAAAGGACACUUGCUCAGCGACUGGCAGAGACUUAGUUCUCAAGUUUAAAUUAAUUCCGCUGAAAGU